UCACUCCUUUUUAGAGAGAAGCGCAUGAGCCUCCUAAACUGCUUAUUGCCUUCCUUUCUCUUCUUUUCACUCCAUAAAAAGACUCCAAAAGAGAAGUACUGAAUACUGAUCUGAUUCCCUUCCCACACUUCUCUUCGCUCAAUUUCCAUCUCUUAUUUCCUCCCAAGUUUUUCCUCGCCCUCGCUCUUUCUCACUCCAAUCAUCACACUCUCUCUCUAUAGACUCACUAUUCCUUGCAAGAUUAACUGAGAUGCGUAUCUCAAACAACAGCCAUCAGAGGUCACCUGUGUCUUCUCUGUAAUAAUUGGGUUUUAAAUGGUUGUGUUGUGGAUGUGGUUCAUCAAACCUCUGCUGCCAUGGGAAUUGUCCUUGUUUUAGCAUGCUUUCUGUGUCUUGUUUCAGUUGUUGUUCAUUGUGUUACAGACCCUAAUGACCUUGCAAUUCUCAACCAGUUCAGGAAAGGGUUGGAUAACCCAGAGCUCCUCGACUGGCCUCCCAAUGGUGAUGACCCGUGUGGUCCUCUGACUUGGAAACACAUCGUCUGUUCUGGUAACAGGGUUUCUCAGAUUCAAGUUCAGGGUUUGGGCUUGAAGGGUCCAUUACCCACUAACCUCAAUCAGCUCUCUAUGCUCACAGAUUUAGGCCUUCAGAAGAACCAAUUCAAUGGAAUGUUGCCAUCUUUUAGUGGGUUGUCGGAAUUGAAGAAAGCUUAUUUGGAUUUCAACAAUUUUGAUUACAUUCCUUCAGAUUUCUUUAAUGGGCUUGUCAGUUUGCAGGUUUUGGCUUUGGAUUCCAAUCCCAACCUUAAUGCCACUGAUGGUUGGUCAUUGCCCACUGGGUUGCAAGAUUCACCUCAAUUAACCAAUCUUUCUUUGAUGAGCACUAAUUUGGUUGGUCCAUUUCCUGAAUUUUUGGGUACCAUGUCAUCUCUGUCCGUGUUGAGACUGUCCAUGAAUCGGAUUUCUGGGGUUCUUCCGGCGAGUUUUAAAGACUCAGUUUUGCAGAUUCUUUGGUUGAAUGAUCAGUCUGGUGGUGGGAUGACUGGUCCAAUCGAUGUAGUAGCAUCAAUGGUGUCACUCACUAGUCUGUGGCUUCAUGGGAACCAUUUUUCAGGUAAAAUUCCUGGCAACAUUGGUGAUUUAACUCUUUUGAAGGAUCUUAAUCUUAAUAGCAAUGAUCUUGUGGGACUAAUUCCGGAUAGCUUGGCAAGUAUGAAUUUAGACAACUUAGAUUUGAACAAUAAUCACUUAAUGGGUUCAAUCCCAAAGUUUAAAGCUGUUAAUGUAACUUGCACUUCAAAUCCAUUUUGUGAAUUUCAUCUGGGGGUUCCCUGCACCCCGGAAGUUACGGCACUCUUAGAAUUCCUUGACUGGGUGAAUUACCCGUCGAGACUUGUUUCUUCAUGGUCUGGUAAUGAUCCAUGUAAGGGGCCAUGGUUUGGAUUGAGUUGCAAUUCCAACCAAAAGGUUUAUAUCAUAAAUUUGCCUAAGAACAAUCUUACUGGUACCUUGAGUCCUUCCCUUGCAAAGCUAGAUUCCCUUUCUCAAAUUAGACUUGCAUCUAAUCAUUUUACUGGUCCAAUCCCAAUGAACUGGACUGGCUUGAAGUUUUUGACAGUGGUGGAUUUAAGUGCAAACAACCUUUCUGCUCCAUUGCCAAAAUUCAAUAGCACUGUGAAAGUUGUCAUAGAUGAGAAUCCUUUACUAAAUUCCAAUCAGUCCAUAACAACCCCUGCGCCCGAAAAUAGCCCAUCAUCUGGGGGUGGUUCGCAAUCCUCACCUCACAACCCAUCUGCAACCACCACACCCUCGACUUCCAAUCCUGUUAGUCCUUCUGAUUUCAAAAGUUCCAAAAAGACCAAAUAUAUUGUAAUUGUGGCACCUGUAGCAAGCUUUGCAUUUCUGGUCCUUUUGGCUGUUCCUUUUUCUAUUUAUUACUGCAAGAAGAGACAAGACACCUUCCAAGCUCCAAGUUCUAUUGUGAUUCACCCGAGAGACCCAUCUGAUGCAGAUAACGCAGUUAAGAUUGUUGUUGCUAAUAACAACGGAAGCAUUUCUGUGGGCAGUGGUUCCGCGAGCAGAAACAGUAGUGCAAUGGGUGGUGAGUCCCAUGUCAUUGAGGCUGGAAACUUGAUCAUAUCAGUUCAAGUUCUUCGGAAUGUGACCAAGAAUUUUGCCCCAGAAAAUGAGCUUGGCCGUGGUGGCUUUGGAGUAGUUUAUAAGGGAGAAUUGGAUGAUGGAACAAAAAUAGCAGUGAAGAGAAUGGAGGCUGGUGUGAUUAGCAACAAAGCUUUGGAUGAAUUUCAGUCUGAAAUUGCUGUUCUUUCAAAGGUCCGCCACCGUCAUUUGGUUUCCCUUUUGGGAUAUUCUGUUGAAGGCAGUGAGCGAAUUCUGGUCUACGAGUUUAUGCCUCAAGGUGCUCUCAGCAGGCAUCUUUUCCACUGGAAGAGCUUGAAAAUAGAACCUCUAUCUUGGAAGAGGAGGCUAAAUAUUGCCUUGGA